AUGCGGCCCGUCAUACCCCAGACCCGCGCCGACACUGCUUCUCGGGUUACUAUAAAGAACAUUCCUCUCGGUGUUACUGAGGCUCAGCUGAAAGCGAAUCUAUCUAAGCAUGGAGAUAUCCGCGUUCAUAUGUUUUCUCCUGCAACAGAAUACGGCUUAGGCUGGGCCUGGGUGACUUGCGAGAAGCACGAAGAUGUAGAGAAGAUGCUGGCGUGUGCAGCAGAGAGAAAAGAGAAAGCAGCAGCAGAAAUGAGAGAGAGAGCUAAACAAACAACAAAAAAAACAGAUGCUGCUGCAGCAGCAGCAGCAGCAGCAGAAGAAACUGAAGCAGCAGCAACUGCAGCAGCAGCAGCAGAAACUUCUGCUGAUGACGCAAAAAGCAGCGAAUGCUCCGAGGGAGCCAGCGACGCAUAA